GUGCGAGUGCCUCGGCGGCGGCAGCAGCGGCGGCGGACGGCCCAGCCGGAGCGCGGGGGGCGCGAGGGCUCGGGCGCGCAGAGCCCCGGAACCGAGCACCCGGGAGCGGCACAGCUAGGGCCGCAGGAGGAGCGUUCGCGGCCAGGCGGCGGCGCGAUGCCGCUCGCCCAGCUCAAGGAGCCCUGGCCGCUCAUGGAGCUGGUGCCGCUGGACCCGGAGAAUGGCCAGGCCUCAGGGGAAGAAGCUGGACUUCAGCCAUCCAUGGAUGAAGGCAUUCUCAAGGAGAUCUCCAUCACGCACCACGUCAAGGCUGGCUCUGAGAAGGCUGACCCAUCCCAUUUUGAGCUCCUUAAGGUUCUGGGCCAGGGAUCCUUUGGCAAAGUCUUCCUGGUGCGGAAGGUCACCCGGCCUGACAAUGGGCAUCUGUAUGCCAUGAAGGUGCUGAAGAAGGCAACCCUGAAAGUGCGUGACCGUGUCCGGACCAAGAUGGAGAGAGACAUCCUGGCUGAUGUCAACCACCCAUUUGUGGUGAAGCUGCACUAUGCCUUCCAGACCGAGGGCAAGCUCUAUCUCAUUCUGGACUUCCUGCGUGGCGGGGACCUCUUCACACGGCUCUCGAAGGAGGUUAUGUUCACGGAGGAGGAUGUGAAGUUCUACCUGGCUGAGCUGGCUUUGGGGCUGGACCACCUGCACAGCCUGGGCAUCAUCUACAGAGACCUAAAGCCUGAGAACAUCCUUCUGGAUGAAGAAGGCCACAUCAAACUAACUGACUUUGGCUUGAGCAAGGAGGCCAUUGACCAUGAGAAGAAGGCCUACUCCUUCUGUGGGACAGUGGAGUACAUGGCCCCCGAAGUUGUCAACCGCCAGGGCCACACCCACAGUGCAGACUGGUGGUCCUAUGGGGUGUUGAUGUUUGAGAUGCUGACGGGCUCCCUGCCCUUCCAAGGGAAGGACCGAAAGGAUACCAUGACAAUGAUUCUGAAGGCGAAGCUAGGCAUGCCCCAGUUUCUGAGCACAGAAGCCCAGAGCCUCCUGCGGGCUCUGUUCAAGCGGAAUCCUGCCAACCGGCUCGGUUCUGGCCCUGAUGGAGCAGAGGAAAUCAAGCGGCACGUUUUCUACUCCACCAUUGACUGGAAUAAGCUGUACCGUCGUGAGAUCAAGCCACCCUUUAAGCCAGCUGUGGCUCAACCCGAUGAUACCUUCUACUUUGACACAGAGUUCACAUCCCGCACACCCAAGGAUUCCCCAGGCAUCCCCCCCAGUGCUGGUGCCCAUCAGCUGUUUCGUGGUUUCAGCUUCGUGGCCACUGGCCUGAUGGAGGACGACGGCAAGCCUCGGGCCACACAGGCACCGCUGCACGCAGUGGUACAGCAACUCCACGGAAAGAACCUGGUUUUCAGUGAUGGCUACGUGGUAAAGGAGACGAUCGGUGUGGGCUCCUAUUCUGUGUGUAAGCGCUGUGUGCACAAGGCCACCCAUAUGGAGUAUGCUGUCAAGGUCAUUGACAAGAGUAAGCGGGACCCCUCAGAGGAGAUUGAGAUUCUUCUGCGGUACGGGCAGCAUCCCAACAUCAUCACCCUGAAAGACGUGUAUGAUGAUGGCAAACACGUGUACCUGGUGACAGAGCUGAUGCGGGGCGGGGAGCUGCUGGACAAGAUCCUGCGGCAAAAGUUCUUCUCAGAGCGAGAGGCCAGCUUCGUCUUGCAUACCAUCAGCAAGACCGUGGAAUAUCUGCACUCGCAGGGGGUUGUACACAGGGACCUCAAGCCCAGCAACAUCCUUUAUGUGGACGAAUCAGGGAACCCCGAGUGCCUGCGCAUCUGCGACUUUGGCUUUGCCAAGCAGCUGCGGGCUGAGAAUGGACUCCUUAUGACACCUUGCUACACUGCCAACUUUGUGGCACCUGAGGUGCUGAAGCGCCAGGGCUACGAUGAAGGCUGUGACAUCUGGAGCCUGGGCAUUCUGCUGUAUACCAUGCUGGCUGGAUACACUCCAUUUGCCAAUGGACCAAGUGACACACCAGAGGAAAUCCUGACACGGAUCGGUAGUGGGAAGUUUACCCUCAGUGGGGGAAAUUGGAACACGGUUUCAGAAACAGCCAAGGACCUGGUAUCCAAGAUGCUACAUGUAGACCCCCACCAGCGCCUCACAGCCAAGCAGGUUCUUCAGCACCCAUGGAUCACCCAGAAAGACAAGCUCCCCCAGAGCCAGCUCUCCCACCAGGACCUGCAGCUUGUGAAGGGAGCCAUGGCAGCCACGUACUCUGCACUCAAUAGCUCCAAACCCACUCCUCAGCUAAAGCCCAUUGAAUCAUCUAUCCUGGCCCAGCGGCGGGUGAGGAAGCUACCGUCCACCACCCUGUGAGGGGCCAGUGUGUGCAGGCCACAAGGCGGUGCUAGCUCAAAGGAGGCAGCAUACUUCCCAGAGGGAACAGGCCUGAGUCGCAAGGCCAGAGGGAGCUGGAGCCCCGAGGGAUCCAGGAAGCAGCCAGCCCAGAUCACCCCCAGUGAGGGUGUUAGAAGUGCCUUCUCCUUUCCCAGGAUGGACUCUUCUUGGCUCAAGCUCUGCUGGUUGAAAUUGAUCCACUGUACAAACUCUUCAUCUUUUUUUAAGGGAAAAAAUGGCAUCAACCACGAUGGAUUUUUACAAGAUUUUGCCUUUCUGGAGCAGAAGUAGCCCGUACAGCCUGGGAGGGGCACUGAGUCAUGCAAGGGCUCUGUGUGCCUGGGACUCUGCAGAGAAGCCUGGGGAGAACCCCACAACUGGCUGUCCGUAGCCAUCUGUGCACGCCUCCAAGGCAGUCCAGCGUCACCUCCCAGAGCCUUUGGCUGUUUAGACUUCACUCCAUCCCCAGUCAAUUCCUUGUCUGUUCUGGUCUGCUGGGGGGUUCUGGAACCACAUCCUGCUACAGGAGAGGACCAAGUCCCCACCGACUCCCAGCUCCAGGCACCAGCAUCUGCGUCAGCCCGCCAGUGGGUCUCCUGCAGUCAGAUUGGGCCGCCCCAGGGGGAAGAUCAGGAAAGCACUUUUUGGCCGACUUCUGUGGGGGUCUGCCACAGGACAGAGCUCAUAGGAGGCCAGUGGAGCAGGCCGAGGCGGGCAGGGGCUUUUUGUUUUGGUUUGUUUCAUUUCUUCCUCAGCUGGUAACUCAGGGUUCAUCUGUCCAUGGCCUUUCUAAUAAACUUACAGUUGAGUUGAAA